AUGGUGAGAGCGGCAUCUGACACGCCGAGAGGUUCUGAUGCCCUUCUUGGAGUCCUGCAACGUUUGGACAGGCUUUCUGAGCAGGUCGACAUUUGUCUCUCUGAGAUCAUGAGCUUGAAGCCAAGCAACCCCACUGUGCAUACAUCGCCGAAUCGCAUGGCGCCUGUCCAUCCAACACUUCCUUCCAGUCCUGCUCCCCGAUCAUCCCUUGUUUCCAGAGCGUCCAUGGGCACACUCUCGAUUUCUUCCAGCCGGAGCGCUAACUUUCAGGACGAUAACCGCCGGGUUGGUCGGUCGUCGAUCCUGUCACAAGUGACAGUGAGCACUUCUGGGAUCAGCGCUCGGACUGCCACGGAAAGCGGCAGGCAGCAGCACCUUCCUUACAACGAGUUUGGCAAUGCGGAAGUGGUCAGCCAACGGCAGCUUGCACGCAGAGUUGGACAGUUUCGGCGAAGGGCUCGACCCGAAGCACGUUUUUUGGAAGAUCCGGCCGAUGCUCGGGUUAGUGCCGCAAAGGAGUGGCUUGGUGAACGAAGGCGCUGUGACAUGGUGUGGCUAAUGCUGGAUGAGCCCCAGUCAAGCCGGUUGGCCUUUUGGAUUGCAGUUUUGCUGAGGUUCCUGGUAGCUGCCAGCAUUGCAAUAACCUUCCUUGAGGUAAGUGAUCAGGAACCGAUUCUGCAUAGAACAACAGCUGCAGUUUUGCAGACAGCGAUUGACUCCAUUUUCUGCAUCGAAUUCUUGUGCCGCGUGAUGUCUGCACCAUCCAAAAGGACUUACUUACUGGAUUGUUACAACUGGGCGGACAUACUUUCCGCUAGCGGCAUUUGCCUCCGAAGUUCCAUUGGCUUCGUUCUGACACCAUCACCGUCGCCUGAAACCGAGAUCGUUCAGGCAUUGCUUCUUUAUGGCCUGCCGACAAUACGUCUCCUGAAGAUGCUGAGAUACAUCAACUCUUUCAGGUUGCUUACUGAUGCCGUCGGGAACUCCUUGGAAUCCUUGCCAGUGCUCGUGUACACAAUGGUCGUGAUUGUCUUAGCAUCUGCCAGUGCGCUGCACUUGGUGGAGUCGAGGGAAAACCUUCCGACUUUAGCACACUCCGUGUGGCUUGCGCUGGUCACGAUGACAACCGUGGGGUAUGGAGACUUCGCCCCCAAGUCUAUUGCUGGCUACGUGAUCACUUCCAUCCUCACAGUCGUCAGCGUGCUUUUCAUUGCCAUGCCUGUUGGGCUUGUUGGCUAUGAGUUCACCAUUUGCUGGCAGAAUCGUGCAAAAGUCCUCCUCUUGGCACGAACCCGGAAGCGCUUUGCACAGUGGGGUCUGCAAGGCCGUGAUGUGCAGCUACUCUUUGAGUAUGCAGAUACAGAUCGAGAUGGGGCGCUCAAUCUCUUGGAGUUUUGCGAGAUGUUGCACGAGAUGAAGCUUGGCCUAAGCAACGACAGCAUCAUCGAGCUCUUCAAGCUUUUUGAUGACGACGGGAAUGGCAUUAUCGACUUGGUGGAAUUCGUGGAGGUGCUUUUUCCAGAUCGAGCUGACGAUGACAUCUCCGAUGCAACUCCUUCCGUGAGAGCAUCCGCAAUUGCUCCACUGCCGGCAGUGCAGGAGCUGGAAGAGUCCGAGUAG